UAGCAGGAUUGAAAAUGGAGUUUUGGGAGGAUCUAAGAAGUUUAAACCUGAAAGAGUUAACUUUGUUUCUAUGUCUUACAUGUGAAAGCGUGGAUGGAUGAUGAGGGUGUGUGGUUUUUCUUGGUCGCAAUAAGGUUUCCAUUGAAUCAAGCUUCUCUGUUUCACUAAAGUAUUUAAAGUUUUGAAAUACUUUCCUGGGAUUGGUGGUUUGUACGAGGUUGCUGUUACCGUUUUCUCUCGGCCAUUCUUUUGGGUCGGGCAAGAUGGUGUUUUUGUCUUGGGAAUCAGUGAAUGCUUGAAAAAUUGAAGGGAAAAAUCGUUCUUGAUUGAGAUGAAUUCGUUUCGGGUGGUUUGUUGGGUGGUGUGGUGUCUGGGAUUUGUGAGGGCUGCAAACGUGUCGUCCUCGAGACCCGCCAUCGUCAACAUUGGAGCAAUCUUCAACCUCGAUUCUAUUCUAGGGAAAGUGGCUAAAAUUACAUUGGAGGAAGCCGUGAAAGAUGUUAACGCCGACACUAGCAUUCUACAUGGAACUAAAAUUGUUCUCACUAUGCAAAAUUCCAAUUACAGCGGUUUCUUAGGCAUGGUUCAAGCUUUGCGGUUCAUGGAGACUGAUGUUGUUGCUAUAAUAGGACCACAAUCUUCUGUGGUUGCGCAUAUAAUAUCCCAUGUUGCAAAUGAACUACGAGUUCCUUUGUUGUCAUUUGCCGCAACAGACCCUACCCUGACAUCGCUGCAAUUUCCUUUCUUUGUGAGGACAACACAGAGUGAUCUGUACCAAAUGAAGGCUGUUGCUGAAAUCAUUGAUUACUAUGGUUGGAAGGAGGUGAUUGCAAUAUACGUGGAUGAUGAUUAUGGACGGAAUGGUGUGGCUGCUUUGGACGAUGAACUAGCUGCCAGGCGCUGUAGAAUCUCCUUCAAGGAAGGGAUUAAUUCCGGAACUCAAGUCAACCGAGGAGAAAUUACUAGUUUGCUAGUGAAAGUGGCACUGAUGCAGUCUCGAGUCAUUGUUCUCCAUGCACAAACUGAUUAUGGUUUUAUGGUUUUCAAUGUGGCGCGUUAUCUUGGGAUGACAAACAAUGGCUAUGUGUGGAUAGUCACAGACUGGCUCUCUUCACUUUUGGAUUCUGCUUCUCUCCCUUCAGAAACAAUGGAUGUUCUCCAAGGAGUACUUGUUCUGCGCCAGCAUACACCUGAUUCAGAUAGAAAAAGGGGAUUUGUCUCUCGGUGGAACAAGUUGACCGGUGGCUCUUUGGGGUUACAUUCUUAUGGCCUCUACGCUUAUGAUUCUGUGUGGCUUGUUGCACGGGCCCUUGAUGCUUUUUUCAGUCAGGGUGGGGUUCUUUCGAGUACGAAUUACACAAGUUUGGGUGGUGCUGCUGAUAAGGGAAGUGAUUUGAACCUUGAUGCAAUGAGCAUUUUUGACAACGGAACGCUUCUGCUGAACAACAUAUUGCAGAGUGAUUUUGUUGGACUAUCAGGUCGAAUGAAAUUUGAAGCAGAUCGAUCUCUCGUUCAUCCUGCCUAUGACGUGCUUAAUGUGGUUGGAACUGGCCUUAGGAGGGUUGGUUACUGGUCCAACUAUUCUGGUUUGUCAAUUGUAUCUCCUGAGAUACUGUAUGCAAAGCCACCUAAUAGAUCUAGUGCGAAUCAGAAGCUUUACAGUGUGAUAUGGCCUGGAGAAACAUUAUCUAAACCCCGUGGAUGGGUCUUCCCAAAUAAUGGUAGACAGUUGAGGAUUGGUGUGCCUAUCAGAGUCAGUUAUCGUGAAUUUGUUUCACCAGUGAAGGGAACUGAGAUGUUUAAAGGUUUUUGUGUUGAUGUAUUCACAGCAGCUCUGAACUUGUUGCCUUAUGCCGUUCCUUACCAAUUUGUUCCAUUUGGAGACGGACACAAAAAUCCAAGCUACACAGAACUUGUCCGUUUGAUCACAACUGGUUACAUUUUCUUGGUACAGUACUUUGAUGGUGCCAUUGGUGACAUCGCUAUUGUCACAAAUCGGACAAGGGUUGUAGAUUUUACACAACCGUAUGCAGCAUCGGGACUUGUUGUGGUGGCCCCAUUUACAAAAAUUAAUUCUGGUGGUUGGGCUUUCCUGCAGCCAUUUACUACUCUUAUGUGGAUUGUCACUGCAUGUUUCUUCCUUUUCAUUGGGAUAGUUAUAUGGAUUCUGGAACACAGGAUCAAUGAUGAGUUCAGAGGUCCACCUAGACAGCAAAUUAUAACCUUGUUAUGGUUUAGCCUGUCAACUCUGUUUUUUUCCCACAGAGAGAAUACCAUGAGUGGUCUUGGUCGGUUUGUGAUGCUUCUAUGGCUAUUUGUGGUCUUGAUCCUCACUUCCAGCUACACUGCAAGUUUAACAUCCAUACUCACAGUGCAACAGUUAUCUUCUCCUAUCAGUGGAAUAGAUAGUUUAAAGGCUGGUGAUGAACCUAUAGGUUACCAAGUUGGUUCAUUUGCAGAACAUUACCUGACUGAAGAUAUUGGAAUAUCCAAAUCCAGGCUUAUUGCCCUUGGAACUCCAGAAGAAUAUGCUAUGGCCCUAAAGCUUGGUCCUAAAAAAAGAGGAGGUGUUGCUGCUAUUGUUGAUGAACGACCUUAUGUUGAAAUCUUCUUAUCAAGCCAGUGCACCUUCAGAAUUGUUGGUCAGGAGUUCACCAGAAGUGGCUGGGGCUUUGCAUUCCCUCGGGACUCCCCUUUGGCCGAGGAUAUGUCAACAGCCAUUCUACAACUCUCUGAAACGGGUGAUCUACAGCGGAUUCAUGACAAGUGGAUGACACGAAGCUCUUGUUUAGACAAUGCUGAAAUCGACUCAGAUCGUCUUCAGCUUAAAAGCUUCUGGGGUCUAUUUCUCAUUUGCGGGAUAGCUUGUUUUGUUGCUCUUCUUUUGCAUUUUUUGCAGAUCAUGUUCCAGUUAUGGAAAUCUCCUCCUUCUGAACCUCCAUCUUCUACUACUGCCUGGUCAAUUUCUGGUCGUUUUCAGAGAUUUCUCUCGCUCAUUGACGAGAAAGAAGAUCCAUCAAGGAGUAAUGGAAGAAAGAGAGAAAGAUCACUUGAUGAUCAACUGGUAAGGUAGCCAAAGAGGGUACAACUACAACUACAACUACAACUACAAACAGAAAUGGCACCUAAUUCAACUUAACACUUUGAUGUCAUUGAUUUUUUAUUGAUAAUGUUCAUAGUUACAAGUUUUCCUCGGACGGAGAACAUGUUAUGAAGUGUUAACACAUCACAUAGGUAGUUCUGUUACAUGCUAUUGUAUUUACACAUUUUAAGAUGUUCUAAAUACAGAUAGAGAAAAGAUAUGUUUUCUGUCCUUUUUAUAGGAAGAUGAUAUAUGUACACCUUUUAAUUUUUCAAUA